AACAGAUCCCCUGUGCUGUGAGCUGUGAUGAUCACGUUGACCUUGUUGUAUAUGCAGGCUCAAAGCAAAGGAAUCAUCGCCGCCAUGGGAAUGGUCCGAGCAUGCAUGCCAGUGCCGCUCCCGGCUCUUCCUGCUGCCGCUCAUUCCACCGGCGCUGCCGAGAAGAAGCCCUCGAGGGGCGGCCUCCGUGUGCUCGUGCUUGGCGGCACUGGCCGUGUGGGCUGGUCCACGGCCACCGCGCUUUCCAAGCUCCGGCCUGACCUCCGCAUCCUCAUCGGAGGCAGGAACAGGGAAAAAGGUAAAUCUCUGGCAUCUAAACUUGGAAAGCGAUCGGAGUUUGUCCAAGUUGAUAUUCACGAUCCAAGCAUGUUGGAGGCGGCCCUGUAUGGUGCGGAUUUAGUUGUCCAUGCUGCAGGUCCUUUCCAAAGGGAGGACAAGUGCACUGUCUUGGAGGCAGCAAUAUCUACUAAGACACCAUACAUUGAUGUUUGUGAUGAUGCUGAUUAUUCGUGGAGAGCAAAAGGUUUCCAUGAACAGGCGAAAGCUAGUGGUGUUCCAGCUAUUAUUACUGCAGGCAUAUGUCCUGGAGUGAGCAACGUGAUGGCUGCCGAGCUGGUGCAUGCUGCUAGAAGGGAAAAGGCUAGUGAACCUGAAAGACUAAGAUUCUUCUAUUACAUCGCUGGUUCUGGUGGUGUUGGCCCCACAACAUUGGCAUCAAGUUUUUUGCUACUUGGGGAGGAUGUCAUUGUAUAUAACAAGGGAAAGGAAAGGAAGCUAAAGCCCUAUAGUGGAUCUCUAAACAUUGAUUUUGGAAAGGGUGUUGGAAAGAAAGAUGUUUACUUAUUGAAUUUACCUGAAGUGAAGAGUACUUUUAAGAUUCUAAGUGUGCCAACUGUUAGUGCUCGAUUUGGUUCGGAUCCUUUCUUCUGGAAUUGGGGAAUGCAUACUUUUGCAACCUUUUUACCUACUGAGUCCUUGAGGGAUAAAAAUAAGGUCCUAAAACUGGUUGAGUUGGUUGAUCCCAUUGUUCGAACCAUUGAUGUCAUUGCUGGAGAAUGUGUCGCCAUGAGAGUAGUCUUGGAGCAUUCAAAUGGCCAGAAUAGUGUGGGAUUAUUUACUCACGAAAAGUUGUCGGUAUCAGUCGGCUAUGCAGUAGCCGCAUUCAUUUUAACAAUUAUUGAGGGCAACACACAGCCAGGUGUCUGGUUUCCAGAAGAGCCCGAGGGAAUUGCAAGUGAAGCAAGGAACCUGCUUCUUAAGCGUGCAACUCAAGGAGCAACUAACUUCGUGAUGAACAAGUGAAUUUUCUUCCAACGUCAAGAUGAACCUUUAACCAUAUGUAAAGAAAAACAAUUUAAUCGAGUUGUGUUUGUGAGCUAACAUGUUCCGCCACUUGAAUUGGCAACCUUCAUGGAUGGUGGGAAUUGAUCCAAAUGGAAUUCGUUGAGGAA